GAAAAUCUCCCAUACAAAAUUAAGUCUUCAGCAACAAGCUGUAAACUUCGUCAUCCAUCAAUCAUCCGCCUCUCAAAAUCGACAACUUUAACUCAACACCACUCCCGUAAAACGUCACAAACAUCACAACCAAAACAAAUCAUGAGUGACCCAACCCAACAAACCGGGCAGCCUGAUCCCGUCCAAAAUGCCCAAACGCUCCUCAAAGCAAAGGACGACACAUCUCGCUUUGUGGGCCUCGCCCUUCUCAAGUCAGUACUCGACAACUCUGAAGAGUUGAGAAACAACCAAGAGGCAGUUCGCGGUCUCUGGAAGAGCGUUCCAUCAAAGUUCCUGGAUCGGCUAAUCAAGACCGGCUCGCGUCAGCAGUCCCAGUCCGAAAACAACAAGAAUGCCCGGGACAUGCUAGAUUUGGCCGUGGCCAUCAUCCAUACCUUUGCCGCCCUGGUGCCCGAGGAAAAUAAACGAGACUCGAGGUUUACCGAGAGGAUACCACAUUUGGUGGCCUGUCUUUUGAACUGUUCAAACGAAACAACCAAACUGGUCCUAGAAACCCUUUCAACCCUCGUCACCACGCCAGACGGCGCCCGCGCCUUCAUCGCCCUAGACGACGUCACCACCCUAAUCGAAAUCGCACCCUCCCAGCCUCUGGUCCUCGACAUCUUCUUCUACGCCUGGCUAAACGCCAUGAGUUCAUCUGUCUCCUCCGCCGAGGACAAGGACCUCCUGCGGACCAAGAUCGACCACACCAUCACCGCUCUCGUCUCCUCCUUCAAGGGCACCGACGCCGUCACCCUCCUCGACUUCCUCGCCAACCUGCUCCCCCGCCUCGAGCCCCAAGUUUUACCUCAAAACCCUCAAUGGCUGCCGACCCUCAACCUUUUCAUCCGCAACCUCGUCUCCAGCCGCCCUACCCCCGCCGGCCGCGCAGCUUAUACUAACCUCUCCGCCGCCCUGCUGGAAGUUUACCCAUCCGUCGCUCCUCAACUGCUCUUCACCGAUGACCCUUCCGGCAAAGGCAAAGGCAAAUCCGGUCCAACAGACGAGAAACCCUUUUCCUACCUGCUCAUCUCCAUCCUCCUAAUCGACAUCCGCUCCACGGCGCCCACCUUGCUCUCCCAACUGAACAACCCCUCCUACCCUCAAUCUUCCCGCCGGUUGAGCUCAGCAUUCAACAUCAUCAGCCACUACCUCGGAUUCCUCCUGCGCUCUCUCGACUCCCCCGAAUCCACUUCAUCAAUCAUCGACCCAGACUUCCUCCUAAAACUCCGCACCUCCCUCUCCGAGACCUUCUCCCUCACCCUCGAAUUCUUGCGCGACCGAUUCGACGCCAGCGUAGCAGGCGCCAUGGGCCUUGACCCUUCCGCUCGCUCCUCCGCUGCCCACGAUUCUGCGAGUGGUGCAUCCCAUCUGACACUGUCAUGGGAAUCGAUGAGGGGGCACAGCGUAGACCAAGACCCGCUGAUCCUCGCAGCCAUCCGCGCCCUAGCCAUCUGGCUCCGCGAAGACGACAACGAGCAACUCCGAAAGGAAGCAAGCGGGUUGGGCGAUUUAUUCAUCGAUCUAUACCGCUCUUCUUGCCAACAACCCAACCCCUCCAGACCCAACGAGAAAAAUGGGGGGAAACUUGAUUUCCGUCGCCCGGUAUUGAUGGCUUGGGAGGGGUUGAUUGAAGAGCCUCAAGGUGUUGAAAGCUUCCUGGCAAACGGGGGGUGGCAAGCCUUAUCCGACGAUUUGGUUAGGAUCCUCCAAUCCACCUCUUCCGGGGUAGUUGACGAAGCAGAAGCAGCCCGCGGCACCGAAAUCGUCCGCAUUCUACUACAAGUUGCCGAGAUGGAAAAACCGGGGCCGAGGGAGGAGUGGUUGGAUUUGGUUACUCAAGUUGCGGCGUGGUAUAUUCCAGAAGAGCAAGACGAAGACGAAGGCGAUGAAGACGUGGAAAUGGUAGGGAAGGAGUCCAAGCUGGUGGUGUACGAAUUCCAGGUUGCGACGCUGCAGCUCGUUACUGCAUUAUUGGCGGGGAGUCAUCAGGGGGUGCAGAGACGGUAUGUGCAUUCUACCAGCGCGGUGCUGGGGAUUGCGAGGGUGCUGAUGGGGAAGGUGAGGAAGGUUGGGGAUGGAGAGCUGGUGGAGGCAUUGGAGGAUGUGUUGGUGACGUUGGGUGGGUUGAGAUAGAUGGUGAAAUGGGAGAUUGGUGAUGUGUGAUGUAUGGUAAAGUGAUGGAACAGAUGGAACAGAUGGGAUGGAAGGAAAUAGGGAGACUGAAUGAUACCCAAUUCACUUUAUUCCUCUA